AUGAGUAAUGAGGAGUACAUUAUUGAUAACUUAAUUACAGAAGCUCGUUUCUUUAUUGAUCAUAAGGAUGAUAAUGAAACAUUUCUUAGUCAAGGAUAAGAUUGUAUAGAUAAGAUCAACUAAAUACUAAAGAAAAAUAUUAGGUAUUCAAAAUAUGUAAAUAAAACAGAUCCUCGUUUUUAGAUAUUUCUUAAGAAGUAAUCAUAAAGUAUUGUGAGGCUUGUCUUGUUGUACCAGAUAAAGAACACAUAGCUCAAUAAUAUAUAGAUCUUUAUUUUUAACGCAACUCUUCUUAGGGACAGUUUUACAUUAGAGCUUUGUUCAUAAAAGCUAGACUUAUAUCUAUGAAUGGUCAUGAUAGACUAUUGAAGGCAGAAGACAUGAUCAAAAAUUUGAAAUUGUCAUUAACAUUUGUUUAAUAAGGAUUAGAUAUUAUUUCAAAACCAGAAAAUAAAUAAAAAUAUGGAUUUCUUAUUUAUAAUGCUUCCAUUUGUGUUUAUAAUAUUAUUAGACCUAUGCUUAAACCAUAAUGGUAAUUAUCAUUUGUUGAUAUUUUGGAUAAAAUAGAUAGAAUGUUUGAAGAAGUAGAUGAAGCAGAUUAUGAUUGGAGAUGUAGAUUUACUUGGCUAUUAUUUUAUUGUUUAUAUGAUGAUAGAAAAGCUGAUUCAUUUAAAUUAUUAGAUAAACUAUGGGAAACAACAAAAAAGAAAGGAGAUUGUGAUUUUUAGAAUUCACUAUUAAGAUUAAGAAUACAUAUUGGUAAGGAAUAUAAAUAAGCAUUGGAUUCAGCAUUUAAGGAAUCAGAAUCUGCUCCAUCAGAGAAAGCUUGGAAAUCAUUAUUUAUGCUCUAGAAAAUGAGGAGUGGUUUGAUUCCUGAAGCAUAAGUUGAAAAGGAAUUAAUUAAUUUAAUCAAUUCUAUUUCAAGUGCUGUUUUACCUGGAAAUGAAGUAGCAGCUACUAAUAAGUUAGCACCAGUAUUUUAAGAAAGAUUGGCUGAAUCAGGAAGAGUAGCACUACAAUAUAAUUUAGUAAAUAUAGCUGAUUCAAUUACUGCUUUUUUAAGUAGAGUUAGAUAACUACAUUAAAAGGCAUACAUUUUACAUGAAUAUAAUAAGGCAGAAUUAUUUAUAAAGAAAGCAGGUCCAUUAAUUGAUAAUAAGACAGGUAUGAGAUUGAAUUCUUUAUAAAUUAAAAUGCAAGAAGUUGAAAGAAGAAUUGAAGCAUUAAAAACUAUGGAGAAAGUUAUGGUAACAAAUAAAAAAUUAAAUGAUCCUGAUCUCAUUUUUGAAGGAGCUGUAUUGAUUUGGAAUAUAUCAUUGCCAUUUUUAAAUGCUUAAUAUAGAAUUCAUGUAUACAAAGCAUUUUCUAUGGCUUGUCAACUCUUAGAAUAAUUAUAAUGUGUAGAUCAUGCAUUAAGAGUCAAUUUCCAUAUAGAAUUAGCAAAGAGUGAUUUAUAAGAGGAUUUAGCUGUGAAAGCAGAAUAACAUAUAAAAAAAGCAUUACAAUUAGAUUAUAGUGUACCAUUAGGGAAAGUGCAAUUUAAAUAUGAUGAGGGUGAAGAUUUAGGUUUAUAUUAAAGACCUUAUGAUAAAUAUCUAAGGAAUUUAGAAGAAAAGAUUAGAUUAAAAUUAAAUAUUUAUUAAGAACCUAAAAAUGAUAUUGAAAGAGUAAUCACUUAAUUAGAGAAUGUAUAAGCAGCUAAAUCUGAAAAUUUAAGAAUAGAUAUUUUAUAGAAAUGUUUGGGAACUAUUGUUAAUUUGUAAGAAUAGGAAUAUUGGUAUGAUACUAAAUUAGAUUUAGUUGAAGAAGAAUAAAAUAGAGAAAAAGUAUUAAAAAAAUAAGAAAAUUUAUAUUAAUUUAAAUAAAAGAAAUUAUUAGCAGCUGAAAUUGCUAGAUUAGCAUUUGAAUGGGAAUUUAAUGAUUUAGCAUUUAAAGCUUGUGAAUUUGUAUGUAAUGAUACUUGGGAUGUAAAAAAUGCAUCUGAAAUGAUACUUGCUUAAGUAGAAUGUUAAUAUAGAAUGGCAUAAAUGAUUAUAGAUAAUUUAAUUAAAGAUAAUUUUGAAAUACCAUUUGCUGAUCCUAUUAGAGUAGAAGAGAAUGAAAAUAUAGAAGAAUUAAGUCAAGAAAAAAAAGAUUAAGUAUUAUCUUUAAAAAGGAAAAUGUGCUCUAAUUUUGUUAAAGGUUUAAAAUUAGCAGAUUCUAUCAAAUAAACUUGGUUAGUAUUUAAUGGAGCUAUAUAUAUUUGGAAUAAUUUCCUUACAAUAUUCCGUAAUCCUAUUAAUGAUAGCAAAUUGUUACCAGAAAUUACAAAUUUAUUGAAAGAAUUCUUUGAAAUAAUGAAGAAUUCUUUAAAGGAAAUUGAAAAAAAACUAAUAAAUGAUUAUGAUAUUGAUACAAAGAUUUAAGUAUUAGCUAAUAUAGGUUUAGUGUAUGCAAGAUUAAUGGAAGGGAAAUCUUAAUAUGAUGAAGUUAUGAGAGUUUGUGAAGCUCUUCUUUUGACUCCUUUAUCACCUCACACUCGUAAAUUGAUUAAUUCAAUUAAAGCAAGAGUUUCUGGAACAGCUAAAACUAAUGCAGCUAAACCUGGAACUUAAUAAGAUAAAAAAGGUACUAAAUAACCAUAAUAAUCAUCAUCUGAUAGUGUUAUUUUUGAUGUUGUUUCAUAAUUAGAAAUUAUUUAAAAUUCAACCAAUAAAGCUCAAACAUAAGAUCUUAUUAAGAAAUGUUUUGAAACACUUGUUAGUUGGACAGCAAAAGAAAAUGAUGAAACUGAAUUAGAAUUACAUGCUGAAUUAUGGGCUAGAUUGGCAAGAUUAGCAUUAAAUGAAGAAACUAUUUUAAUGUAUAAAUAUUCAUUGAGAUGUGUAUAAUACUCUUUAUAAUUAUUAACAGCAGAUUUAUCAACUAUUCCAGCUUCUCGUUUGAGAUGGUAUUCUUUGGCUGAAUAUAUAUAUAGUGAAAAUCUAUUAAGAAUGCUUAAUUCAGAAACAUAAGAAACUGAAUCUUAAGAAUCAUUGUUAUUUUCAAGUUUAUUUCAUGCAAUUGAAGCUGCAAAUAAAGGAUUAAAGGCAGGUAUUAAUAGUUUAGUUUUGGAUGCAUCAAAAUAAGUUUGGAAUUUGUGUGCUAGAUUAGAAGAGAGUGCAUAAAAUAGAAAACAUUUAAUUAAACCAGUAUAUUCAUGUUUAAAUUACUUAAAAGAAUGUAAAGAAAAAAGUGAACCUGAUUUAGUAUUACUAUUAGCAUAAUUAUUAUUUAAAAGUGCUUUAGAAAAUGAAGAUUAUAAAUUAGGUGAAAUGGCAGCAGAUAUGGUAUUUGAAUUAGUACCUAAGAAUAUGUCAAAACCUAUAUGGGAAGCUAAAAUGAUUUUUAUGAGUAAAUAAGGUAAAAAUGAAUUAUAGGCUAUUGUAAAUAUGAAAGAAGCAGAUUCAUCAUUAUAAGCUAAAGUUUGGAUUAGAUUAGCAAGAGUAUCAAAUAAUCUUUAUAAAUAAUAUACAGCAUAUAAUAAAGCUAUUGAAUUAUUAAAGAAAGAUUCUUCUGUUGAAAUAGUUGAAGUAUUAAUAGAAUUUUCAGAAUGGUUAUUGAGAAAUGGUAAUGAAAAACAAUUGGUUAUAGAGAAUUUGAUGUAAGCUGCAGAUACAUUAAUAGAAAUUGAAAUGGAAGAAGAUGAAGAAGAAGAAGAAGGAGAUGAAGAAUAGAAUUCAUCAACUAUUUUUAGUAGAAGUACAAGAGGUAAAAAGUCUACAGUUUCUAAAUAAUCAAAACAAAAAUCUAAAAUGACUAAAAAAACUACUAAGAAUACUGUUAAGUAAAAUAAAAGCAAAGAAUAAAAGUCAUAAAUAUCAGGAUAAAAAUCAAGUAAUUAAAGAUUUUCAAGAGCUGCAAAUGUUAGAACUACAACAAUCAAAAGUAAUAAAUAAAAAUCAAAAAUAUUCAGACCUAGAGAAGAGGAAGCUAAUCCUAAUAGAUUAAAUUGUGCUCAUUAUGAAAGAUUAAUGAGAAUUCAUAUUAUGUUAGCUAUGAUUGCAGAUACAAUGGAAUAAUCUAUUUAAUAUGCAAUAGAUGCUAAAGUAUUCUUAAUUAAAAUGAUUGAAAUUUCAUUUUAAACUAUGAAUGAAUUUGAAGAGAAUGCUGCAAAAUACACUAAUAUUAUAGAUGAAAAAACAAGCAAACAACAAUAAUAAUAACCAAAACCUUAAUAAUAAGAUGAUUUUUCACCUAGAUAUCUUUUACCAACUUGUAUUUAAGAUUGGAUAAAAUUAUAAUUCAGUAAAGAAUUCUUAGAAAGAGUAAAAAGUUAUGAAGAUUUUAAUUUUAUGGGUAAAUACUUAUUUGACAAGGCUUAAUUAACAUAUACUUAUAUAAACAAUUUAAUAAAUAUUUUUGAAAAAUAUGGACUUUAAAUUCAUAGUGUUCCAAUUUUUGUUUUUUAGAAAUUUUUUGUUAAGGAAAUAUUAAAUAAUUCUUAUUUAGAUAGAUUAAUUGAUGUGAGGUUUAGUAAAUGUUUACAUUAAGUAGGAUUUCAUAAUGAAGCAGAAUAAAUGUAUUAAUAAUCUAAUAUUGUUAAAUUUAAAUUGACUGACCAAGAAAAAAAAUAAAUGCUUGCAAAAACUGAAUCUAGUGUUUUAUAGUAAAAUAGAUCAAGACCAGCUGACAUAAUGGAACAAAAUCUUCCUUAGGCCAAUAUUAUUAGUGAAAUAUUUAUUUAUACUAUUCUUACUGAUUUAGGCAAUGAAUUAAUAUUUUAAGGGGAAAUAUAUAGAGCAAAAGAAUUAUUAGCUGAAUCUCAUAAACAUGCUAAGAUUGUUUCAGAUUUAGAGUUGAUGGGCAGAAUAUUAUGUCUUUAAGGAUAAAUUGCAUUUUUAGAAGGUGAAUUCAGAGAUUCUAUUGAAAAUCACAAGCUUUCUCAUAAAUUGAUUAAAAAUGUAAGUUAAUGGGAAGUUUCAUCUAUUGAAACAUAUAAAACUUUGUAUAAACUAGGGAAAUAUGAUGAUAUUAGAUCAUUUUUAAAAUAAAUUACAGAAGUACUCUUGGAAGUCUUAAAUAAACCAAAUUAUUCACCAAAUAAAUUAUAGAUUUAUUAAACAUUAACAACUUUAUACAUUUUAUAAUCUAAAAUAUCAACAAAGGAUUUAUUUAAAGAAUUUUCCUAUGAAACAUUCAAAUAAAUUAUUGAUAAUUUAGAGAAAUCUUUAAAAUGCAUAUAACAUGGAGGAUUUAUGACACAUUAAAUGGAUUUGAUCUUAAAUUUAGUAAAUAAAAUACUUAUAUUUGUUCGAAAUAAAAAUUAUACUAAAAUUGAUCAAGUUGAAAUUUAUUUUAAAAUUAUUUAAAGGUUACAGAAUUCAAUUCUAAAACCAUUAGAAUAAUAAAGUAGAUCUUUAUUAAAAUAUACACUCCUUAUUGAAAAAGAAUCAGAAUCAAUUAGAUCACCAAUUAUGGAUUUAUAAGCUAAAAUACGUGUAGUAAUGGCUUCUUGUUUUACUGAAAUGGGAUUGAUUAAGUGGCUACGAAAAUAGAUGCAAUUACCUGAUCUAUAAGGUUCUGAUGAUGACAAUAAUAAUGAUUAAGUAGAAGAUAAGCCAAUCGAAUAAUUAAGCAAUUAUGAACCUCUUUAGAAAUUUUUAACAUAAUUAACUAUUAAAAUAUAGAGAGCAAUAUAGCCAUUACCUUAAAGAUUGGAGAGUUUUGAAAAAGCAACUGCUAUAUUAUUAUCUACUUUGAAAUAAUUGAAAAAAGAUUCAUUUUGGUAUACAAUUGCUGAAAUUGAAUUAGUGAGAGCAAAAAGAUAUCUAGCUAUAAGUAAAUAGUAAUUAGAUGAUGUAUGGGAAAUACCUCUCUAAGAACCAGAUUAAAUUGUUUAAUUAUAGUAAGAUGAUGACAAUUAAUUUGAUUAUAAGACUGAUGCCUUAUAAAGUGUGUUAAAAUUGAUAAAAGAAAUUGAAUCUAAAGCAUUUACAGUAUUGAAAGCUAAAGGAGACAACACAACUAUUCCAUUAGAAUGGAGUAUAUUUGGAUUUAAAUAAAUGAACUUUUAUUUGAAAAUGCUUUAUGAAUCUGCUUUAGAUAUUUUAGGAAUUAAAAGUCCAGAAAUAUCUUAUGAUUAUUUAUGUAAGUUUUAACAUUUUGCAUUUUGUGAAUAAAUGUUUAAUAUGGUUAGGCAAUCAUUCUUUGGAAAGCAUAAAAUGAUAGUAUAUAUUAGAUUAAUCAAAAUGAUAAACUCUGUCUGUGGAUUUCUUAAUUAAGAUGCCAUUAAAUUAUUAACUGAAGCAAAUAAAUUAUGGGAUAAUUUAAUGAUAUUUCCAUUAACAGAACUUUAAGCUUAAUUAUAAUAGAGUUCUGGAUUUCUAAUUAUGUAGAUGAGUCAAAAUAAAACAUGUUUAUAUUUAGGAUAUUUACAUAAUACAAAAACUCCUGUUUACAAAGUUUAAAGAAUUCCACUUGAUUCUAAAACUCAUGAUUAAAUGAAUUAAAUGAAAGCUAAUUUAGAUUAGAUUAAAAAUAAUUUAAUUAAAACCCCAAUAAUUUAAUAAUAAGAUUUCAUAAAAUUAGAGGAUGACAUGGAAAAAGAAUACACUAAAUUUUGUUAAGAUGUAGAAUAAUUCAUGAGUUUUAUACCUUAAUUGAUAGAUGAAAAUAUAAACACUUAAGAGGAAGUGCCUCCUCCUGUAAUUGAUCCAAAAGCACCUCCUCCUAAAAAAGAUUAAGGAAAGUAAACUAAAGGGAAACCAGGAAAGGAUGAGUUAGCUUUAUAUGAAUCUCCUUUGGAAUAAGCACCUGGUAAAAUUGACACUGUAGUUUUACUUAUAGAUCCAAAGUUCUUUGAUUAUCCUAUUGAAUAAUUAAGUGUAUUUUAGAAGAUAGUUGCAAUGUCAAGAGAUUUUAGUAUGGCUGUAUAUGUUAGAAGACUAAAAAGUGUUGGUUUCUAAGUUUAAUUAAAUAAUAGUUAAAAAGGAAUAGAAAAAGACAAGUUAAAAUAUCUUACAUACGAUUUUAAGACAGAAGAUUAGGAUUUAAAUUUGGAUGAAUUUAAUUUACAAAAAACAUUAGGUGAAAUUUAAAAAACUACACCUUAAUUAAAAUUUGAAGGAGUAAUUAUAUUAUUUUAUAUAUUAUUUAGACAUUUUCUUAAAGUAGAUUAGCAUCAUUGGGAGAAUUACAAAAGUAUGCUUAAACAGGUUCUUCUAUUUUCUGGUAUGGAUCUCCUGGAGUGUUAAACAUUUUAUCAUCAAAAGUAGUUGUUGACCUUUCUGAAAUUAAUACCUCUAAAUUUUGGGUAAUAUUUGAUAAGAUGAAUGCAAAAAAAAGUUUAAUAGAAAAGUUCUCAUCUUUAGAUCCUGAUGGUGAGAAGACUCACAUUUUAGAGUAGAAUUUCAAAAUCUCUGUAUUUUUGACGCUAAUUGAUGUAAGUACAAUUUUAACUACUUAAUGGUCACCAUAAAUUGUAGAAUUCUUAAAAGCUUUUGAAAAUUUGGUCAAAUAACUAACAGAAGAUAUUUAUGUAGCUGCAUGUUUGUAAAGAUAUAAGGUAUAGAAUACUUAUUAUUAUUUUUAGGCUCCUAUUAUCAAAUAUUAAGAUGAAAAUGGAAAUAUAAUUGACAAGAAACCAUAAUAAGUGGAAAUAAAGAAAGGUGGUAAGGUAGAACCUGUGUAAGAAACUUAAAAUCUAAAGGAGAUUCAAAUUGAUAAAAAGAGAAUCUAUACUCACAAUUUUAUAUUCGUAGGAUUGCCUAAUUUAAGACUGAUUUGAU